GCCACAGUGUAGACAAGAAAGCACCGAGUGUCAACAGUGUGACAGCGCGUGCAAACAUCAAAGGGGAAAAAAAUACCGUAUAGAAUAAAGAACUAAACCGCGGAGCUGUUUUUUUAGCACCAUGCGCGUGCUCCCGCUGGCAUCUAACUGCACGUUAUAUCCCUAAGCUUUAAGGUGGGCUGUUUCUUUACCUUUGUUUUACAACACGUCGUCACUGCCUAAGGAUAAAAGCUAUGGCACCGUCUUCUCUCCACUCUGUUGUUUUCCUGCUGUCCUUGUGCCUCCUCCUUUUCUUUCUUCCAACCUGCACUCCAGAGUCCCAAAACGAGGAAGAGCCGACGGUUUCUCCGACAGUGCUGGAGUCGUAUGAUGCAUCCUUGUCCGCUAAUGACAGUUCGAAUCGCUGUGGUGAGGCAGUGAAGUGUCAGCCAGGUAUCGUCCUGCCUGUGUGGAAGCCUACUGACCCGGAACUUGGAGAAAAGAUCGCUCGUGCCGUCAUCUAUUUCGCCUCUUUGAUGUACAUGUUCCUGGGUGUAUCAAUCAUCGCAGAUCGCUUCAUGGCAUCCAUUGAAGUUAUUACAUCGCAGGAGAAAGAGGUUACGAUCACUAUGCCCAGUGGGGAGACGACGGUGGCUACAGUGCGCAUCUGGAAUGAGACCGUAUCCAACUUAACACUAAUGGCGCUGGGCUCCUCUGCUCCUGAGAUCUUACUGUCUGUCAUCGAGGUUUGUGGUCAUGGUUUUCAAUCAGGUCAACUGGGUCCCAGCACGAUCGUAGGCAGUGCUGCGUUCAACAUGUUUGUGAUCAUCGGUAUCUGUGUUUGGGUGAUCCCUAAUGGAGAGGUGAGGAAGAUCAAACAUCUGAGAGUCUUCUUCAUUACUGCCUUCUGGAGCAUCUUUGCAUACAUAUGGCUUUACCUUAUACUCGCCAUCAUCUCACCCGGAGUUGUCCAGGUUUGGGAGGCCCUGGUCACACUGUCCUUCUUCCCAGUUUGUGUGAUUCUGGCCUGGAUCGCUGAUCGUCGUCUCCUCUUCUACAAGUACAUGUCCAAACGCUAUCGAGCUGACAAGAGGACAGGGGUUGUCGUGGAGACAGAAGGGGAUAUGUCCCCUAAAGGAGGGGAUAUGAUCAUGCGUGGGAAGUUUCCAUCAAGUGCGUCAGCUGGAGUCAUUACCCUGGAACGCUGCCAAGACGGGCCUAAUAACAGCGCAGGCACCAUGGCAACCCUGCUGAAGUCCAACAGCACCACCAUUAACAUGGAGAGUACAAAAGACCUGGACGAGAGCCGCAAAGAGGUUAUUCGUAUACUGAAGGACCUGAAGCAGAAGUAUCCCAAAAAAGAUCUGGAUCAGCUAAUGGAGCUCGCUAACUAUUACGCCCUGCUACACCAGCAGAAGAGCCGCGCCUUCUACCGCGUCCAGGCCACACGAAUGAUGAUUGGAGCAGGCAAUGUGCUGAAGAAGCACGCGGCGGAUCACGCACGCAAGACGGUCGCUAAAGACGUCGACGCAUCCGAGCACGACGAUCACGCCACGUGCAGCCGCAUCUCCUUCGAGAGUAACCACAGCCAGUGCAUGGAGAACUGCGGCACUGUCUCCUUAGCCGUAGUGUGUCACGGGGGAACUGGUGAGAACACCUUUUACGUGGACUACCGCACGGAGGAUGGAACCGCCAACGCUGGCUCAGAUUACGAGUACAACGAAGGGACGCUGGUGUUUAAACCGGGCGAAACUGUAAAGGAGAUAAAGGUCGGUAUUAUAGACGACGACAUCUUCGAGGAGGACGAGCACUUCUUUGUGCGUCUGCUGAACCUCCGAGUCGGCGAUGCUGAAGGCAUGUUCGAAAGCGACGAGGUCGGCCAGGGGCCCAAGGGCCGCUUAGUGGAACCUCUGGUCACCACGGUGACCAUUCUGGACGACGACCAUGCAGGCAUUUUCACGUUUAGUGAGCAGAUCACACGUGUGAGUGAGAGUGUCGGCACCAUGGAGGUGACGGUGGUGAGAAACUCGGGAGCUCGUGGAACUGUGAUCCUGCCGUACCACACUGAGCCAGGAACAGCGCAGGGAGGAGGUGACGACUACGAGGACGCCUGCGGAGAGCUGGAAUUCACCAACGACCAGACCACGCAAACCAUUCAGAUUAGGAUCAUUGAUGACGAAGAAUAUGAGAAGCAUGAAAACUUCUACAUUGUCCUUGAGGAACCACGAUGGAUGAAGAGAGGAAUCUCUGCUCUGCUGCUCAAUCAAGAGGAGCAUGAAGGGGAUCUCAGGGCCGAGAAAGAGGAAGCCAAGAGAAUAGCGGAGAUGGGGAAGCCGAUACUGGGCGAACACAGCAGGUUGGAGGUGGUCAUCGAGGAGUCCUACGAGUUUAAGAGCACCGUAGAUAAACUGAUAAAGAAGACCAACUUGGCCCUAGUGAUUGGCACACACUCAUGGAGGGAGCAAUUUGUGGAUGCAGUGACUGUCAGUGCAGGAGACGGAGAAGAUGAAGUAGAAGGACGGGAGAAUCCGCCUUCCUGCUCCGACUAUGUCAUGCACUUUCUGACGGUCUUCUGGAAGGUUCUGUUUGCGUGCGUUCCUCCCACAGAGUACUGGAACGGCUGGGCUUGCUUCAUGGUGUCCAUCACCGUCAUCGGCCUCCUGACCGCCGUCAUCGGAGACCUGGCGUCCCACUUCGGCUGUACCGUCGGGCUCAAGGACACGGUGACUGCUGUGGUGUUUGUAGCUCUAGGGACCUCCAUUCCAGACACAUUUGCUAGUAAAGUGGCUGCCACACAGGACCAGUAUGCAGAUGCAUCUAUUGGCAAUGUGACUGGCAGCAACGCUGUUAAUGUUUUCCUGGGCAUCGGUGUGGCCUGGUCAGUCGCUGCAGUCUACUGGUCAAUAAAAGGUGGCACUUUUAACGUGGCUCCUGGAUCCCUGGCCUUCUCUGUCACCCUCUUCACUAUUUUUGCCUUCAUCUGCAUGGCCGUUUUGCUAUUCCGGAGACGGCCGUCCAUCGGGGGUGAGCUCGGAGGUCCUCGACUUUCACGCAUCUUCACCACAUUGCUAUUCUUUGGUCUGUGGCUUCUAUACAUUCUCUUCUCCAGCCUGGAGGCCUACUGCCACAUCAAGGGCUUCUAGAUCUUUCCUGAAUUUAAAAAAAAUGGAGAUCAGAUUUUUACUACAAACUACACACUAUACAGACAUAUAAACGAGUCGAAGGCAAAGAUACGCUUAGCGACUUGCAAAGCUUUCUGAAGCGCUUUCUGAAGACGAACAGAAAAAAAAUCGAUAAAGCUGCACACAAACGCUAAGAGAACAGAUACAAGACGCACACAAAAACGCAUGAAGAAUGCUUCAUAUCGCCCACUUUAUAGUACAGUAAAACUUUACAGUAAAACUUUACAGUAAAACUUUAAAAGAGAAUACAAACUUUUACCAUGAGGUCUUAUGAACAAGGAUAGAAGAGUAAGAUGUGAGAAACAAAAAUGGUGGAUUAAGGUACAGUAUUUUAGAUCCCCAUUAGAAGAUUUAAACAGAUAUAAAAUAUUAAUUUGUUAUAAAAUCCAAAAGUGACAUUAGUAAAAGUUUCCCAUAUUCAGGAUCGUUUUACACACGUGGUCUUUGGAUUUUGUGGGCGUCGUUCCAAAAGAUCUGUGUGUAGUUAACAGCUUCUUGAGUAGAAGUUUUUAGACCAGACCACCACCUUUAAACACUUGCCUUUAUGCCUCCAAAAAAAAAAAAAAAUCAGGGAUAGAAAAUGUGGACUGAAGAAGCAGAACUUUGCUGUCACUGCAAUUUGAUGUAAUCAUUUAAUGAAGAAACGACACCGUAUCGAAGAUAUAAAACCGUUAGUGUGAAUGGGAUAGAAUGGAUUUGAACAAACUUCACUAUAAAUUCACUAUAAAGCCGUUGUCACAUGCCCACAGUUUGACAUCUACACUGAGCGACCGCUAAUCUGAAGGGAAUGAAGUGAAACUUUAACUGAAAAUUUUCUGUCCUUAAUGUCAAAGCUGCGGACAACUCUGAUAUCCUCGAUACUGCUAAUAGUAUUUGUUUAUUCAUUGUGUCCUAUUUAUAUGUUUAAUAUACUUACUCUAGUAUGUUUGAGUGUAUUUACAACUCAAGCUGUAUGUCACAUCACUUGAAAAAGUACAAUUUUAGAAAGGGACAUAAGAGACUCCUAUUAGGCAAGUUGGCCAUUUAUUUUUAUUGUUUCUUUCUGUCAGUGAAGUCUGUUGGCACUAAUAAUAAUAAUAAUAAUAAUAAUAAUAAUAAUAAUAAUAAUAAUAAUUGAAACUAGUAGCCUGAUUUAAAGGUGAGGUCUCCGUUGUUUGAAAGCCAAUGUUAACAUUUGAAAUCACCAAAACAAACACGCCCCUAACCCAAAUGGGUCCCACCCCUAUAUCGAUAGCUCCGCCCACACAUACAUACGUAGCCCAGGCAACUAACGGAAAGAAAUGUGUCUUUAUCAUAGCUGAAGUGAAGAACAAUACGAUUGUAGAUAAACAAACAAGCAAAAAUGACACACAAGCAUAAUCAUGUA